GUGUGCCGCCCGCGUCGUUCGCGACUACCGCAGCCGCCGCCGUCCAAGUGUACGCGCGCGCGUCUUUUUCGCCACCGCUCGCCGUAAUCAGUUCCACGUCGCGAUCCUUUUUUUUUCCUUUCGCCUUCCCCCCGAACACCCACCGUUUACCCUGCGCCGUCUCGCGCCGUACCGAAAGCGUCCUGGUUUCGGUUUUUCCUGAACCUGUAACCGUCCAUUUCCGUCACCGUGUUUUUCGUUUCGCGCUUGCGUCGGCCGACCACUGUCGUCGUACUCGACAUAUCGUGCCUGUGCGUGUCCUCUCGACCGCGUGUGCGUUUUUUUUUAAAUUUUUUUUUUUUUUUACCUCAUCAACUCGUUCUCGUAUUUCUACCGACCGACAGAUCUAUGGUCGUAAGAUCGUCAUAAGCACUAGCUGGUCGGAAUAUCAAUUUCUCUUCGCCAAACCGCCGUCGGUACACACCGUCGUGUAUGGAUCACUCGGAGACGACCGUGUUUUGAGGCCUUUUGCUGCAAUAUUUUUGCGAUGAGGCAUUCUGUAGUCGGUGAUGUAGACAAAUCUGGAUACCGACGAACUAGUUGCAAUCAUGGCUUGUUGGCCAGAAGCAGUUCGGACUCGGAUCUAGCCGUAGUGACGGGAGGCUAUCCUGGUAGCUUGGAUGUUGAAGCAUACGAGGAGGAAGAAGAGGAUGACGAGGAUUCCGAGGAUAAUAGGGACGAUGAAGAUGAUUGUAUGGACGCAGAACACAAUCAAAGAGAACAAUUGCCGUAUCCAGGAUUCGUACCCGUAGCUAUGAAAUAUCUGGACCAAAAUUCCAGGCCUCGAAAUUGGUGUUUGGCUAUGAUCACUAAUCCGUGGUUUGAGAGGGCUAGUAUGCUGGUCAUAUUGCUUAACUGCAUCACGCUGGGCAUGUACCAACCGUGCGUGGAUGAUCAGUGCAUAUCCAGGAGGUGCAGAAUACUGCAGGUUUUCGACGACUUCAUAUUCGCAUUCUUCUCACUGGAAAUGAUCGUGAAAAUGAUCGCGAUGGGCGCAUACGGUCCCAGCACAUAUCUCGCAGACUCCUGGAACAGAUUGGAUUUCUUCAUCGUUAUCGCUGGUGCUCUGGAGUACUGUCUGAAUGUGGAGAACAUAAAUUUCUCCGCCAUACGUACGAUACGAGUGCUGAGACCACUCAGAGCCAUCAACCGAAUUCCAAGUAUGCGCAUACUGGUCAUGUUACUAUUGGACACUUUGCCGAUGUUGGGAAAUGUGCUGCUGCUGUGUUUUUUCGUGUUCUUCAUAUUUGGGAUCAUAGGUGUGCAACUCUGGGAAGGUAUACUUCGGCAAAGGUGUUUCCUGAAACCGCUACCAAAUGUCACUUAUCCAAAGAUGUUGCCGGCGUACUAUACGUUGAACGAUGAGGAAAAAGAUUACAUCUGUUCGCAGAACGACGCCAACGGCAUGCACUCGUGUUUCGACUUGCCACCCACGCGCGGUCACGACGCGUUGAUAUGCAACGCCACCGCCAACAUGGCACUGGUCAACGGGUCGUGCGUGAACUGGAACCAUUACUAUACGGAGUGCAAAUCACAGGGUGAGAACCCGUUCCAAGGGACCAUAUCGUUCGACAACAUUGGCCUGGCUUGGGUGGCCAUAUUCGUUGUUAUCAGCUUAGAAGGAUGGGUAGACAUAAUGUACUACGUGCAAGAUGCUCAUUCGUUCUGGGACUGGAUUUACUUUGUGCUGCUCAUCGUGGUACGUCGCUCAUCUGUGGAGGCGAGGCAAACGGAAACUGAUCAAAAAAUAUCGAGUGUGGAUGCUGCGGCGUCAAACGGAACGAGAGGAGAAAGCACAGCAACGAAGCGCCACCACCGUCGCACUUCUAUCACUCAACACCAACAACGACAAAAACGUUAAUUUUAUAGAAACAAAUGACAACAAACAUGGAAAUGGUGAUGAUGAGUCAUUUCAACCCAUGCUCCGGUUCAUGGAUAAUACUCAAAUCGAUUCUAGCGGCAACCUUCUAAGCCCCGGGUCGACGUCCAGCAACGGCGGCAUCGUGUCGAGGAGACGGAGCGUCGUUGUGGCUUUCAGCGACGAACUAAUUACCAGGAGUGGUCCUACUUCUACCGCUACCGCUGCUGCUGCCGCAGCCGCAGCCGCCGCCGCAGCCGCCGCCGCUUCUUCGGCUACGACCACUUGCUCCGCCGCCGCCAUCGUCACGACGUUCACCGCGGCCGGCGGUGCAGGCAUGGCCACAACGACCACGUGUUACGUUCGCUCGGCCGAGAAGACGACGCAGACGGCCGAAGGGACCACGCCGAAUGUCGUCAACCUGUGCGCGUCGACCGGUCCCGCCCUCGUACCGAAUAAUGCGACCUCGGUUCCGGUCGACCAGGAAAUCACAUGCCAGGAACUGUUGGCCCUUAGCGGCGCCUUGUCCGCGGCCCUGCCCACCGGUCAAUCGGCCCUGACAUCGUUGCUGAAGGCGCUCAGCAAGACUGGUGGAGGAGCGUCCGUUGCGACUAUCGUACAGAACGUCAACCGCAACACGGCCAACAUAAACAACAACAAUACCGGCAGGACGAAACGUCACGCGCUGAUGGACCGACAGUCUGAUGGAGAGCUGAUGAUGGACGACGAAGACGACCGAUCGGAGGGUAAAAACAAAGCAUGCCUCGCCGACGCGAUGGGUUGCCUGCAGAUUUAUUGUCUGGUGGGCUGUUCCCUGUUGAGAGAGUGUAUUAAGCUCCUCGUCAACCAUAGACGGUUCCAGCAGUGCAUUUUGCUUGCAAUACUUAUCAACACGCUCAGCAUGGGCAUAGAGUACCACAAUCAGCCCAUGGAGCUAACCGUGAUCGUCGAGUACAGUAAUAUUGUUUUUUCCGCGAUAUUCGCCGCAGAGAUGUUUUUGAAGGUAAUCGCAGAGGGACCUUGUGGAUAUAUCAGUAAUGGAUUCAACGUAUUUGACGGAAUAAUUGUCAUAUUAAGCAUUGUGGAACUAACACAAUCGUUCGAGAAUACGAGCGGUCAAAGAGAAGGAAACUCAGGACUCAGUGUGCUGAGAACAUUCCGGCUAUUACGGAUAUUGAAACUCGUUCGAUUCAUGCCGAAUCUACGCCGUCAACUGUUCGUCAUGCUCCGCACUAUGGACAACGUCGCGGUGUUUUUUUCACUUCUAAUUUUGUUUAUCUUCAUAUUCAGUAUACUGGGCAUGAACUUAUUCGGAUGUAAAUUCUGUAGCCGAAAGAAUGAUGGAACAGAGAAUGAUGUCGCGUGCGACAGAAAGAAUUUUGACUCAUUGUUAUGGGCGUUAGUCACUGUAUUUCAGAUUCUUACGCAAGAAGACUGGAACAUUGUGUUGUUCAAUGGAAUGGAAAAGACGAGCCAUUGGGCCGCUCUUUAUUUCGUGACGCUGAUGACAUUUGGCAAUUAUGUGUUGUUUAAUUUGCUGGUGGCAAUUUUGGUUGAAGGAUUUUCCUCAGAGCGCAACGAACGGCGAGAAAGAGAACGACGGGAGCUCGAGAGGCAGCAGCAGUCGUCGUGGUGCAAAUGCGUGUGUUCGUGUUAUGGCGACGACAAAGGAAAUUGCGAAUUCUGUUCCGAGAGGAAAAGCCUAAACGGAAAAUCAUGUUCCGAGUUAAAAAUGGAAAACCAAAGCAGAGACGCGAUAUCGAACAAAUGCAACACGCACAAAGUUGCGGACACGACGAUGGCAAUCGUCCCGCCGAUAAUCACCCACACGGCGGCUACACCACAAGAUUCGCCGAACGCCAUGUACGAGACGAGGGAUUUCCGACGGUUGCAAUCUCUCACUCCGUACACGUUUUUGCCGUUGGACAGAAACGGUAGCGGAUUUUCAAUUGAUUCGAUCGACUGUUCAGUGCGUUCGUCAACAAAUAGUUUGCAAAGCGUUUCCAAGCUUCCUAAAAUCAACAGCAGAACCCCUCAGAUAUCCAGUCCUCAAAAACUAGUAUCAAAUCCAAGUUUUGAAACAAUACCUGAAGAUGUCACUUAUAGCGGUGAAAACGGUGAAAAACUUCAAAGGCGAUAUUCGUGGAAAAUUUCGAGACCCUCGUCAAGGCGAAAGUCAAAGUUUAGUAAUGCGGAUGGCAAUGAUGACGACCAAGGGGCUCUGGUUUGGAACAACAAUGGUCAUUUAGGAAACGCUGCCGGCAGCGUGCCGCCGGACCAUUCUCAGUGCAACGGCGGCGUUUCCAUAAGUCCAUCGUUGAAUUACCGCGCGACCAACAAUGUAUUGGCCGAGUACAACGGUGUUGAGAGAUCUCCGUCGGCCGUACAGCAGAACAACACGGGGAACUACGGAGUCACGCCGUCGACCGGUUGUCAGUACAAUUGCUGUCAGCCAUGCGAGUCCGAGGCAUGCGUCGGGGCCGCGGAGGAAAAGACUUCCGAGCCGUGUUGCGACUGCGACCUGGACUCCGGCACGACCAAGGCGCACGUGCGCAAGGUUUUCUAUUUCUUCGAGGAGAAGGGUUGGCUCAAAGACCGGGCCGAGUACUCGCUGUACAUAUUUCCGCUGGAACACGGUUUCAGACAAUCGUGCGGAAAGUUCAUCAAACAAAAAUGGUUCGACAACUUGGUGCUCAUGUUCAUAGCGCUCAACUGCAUCACGCUGGCCAUGGAGAGACCUAACAUCCCGCCAGACAGCACUGAGAGAGUGUUUUUGGGAACGGCCAAUUACGUCUUCACCGUGGUGUUCGCGCUCGAGAUGUUUGUCAAAGUCGUCGCCGCCGGCAUGUUCUACGGCACCGAACCAUACUUCAAGUCCGGCUGGAACAUUAUGGACGGAUUGCUGGUGGUCGUGUCCAUUAUAGAUCUGCUCAUGUCGUUGAUCUCCGAGAGUAGCCCAAAAAUAUUCGGAAUACUAAGGGUUUUCAGACUGCUCAGAUCGCUGAGGCCGUUGAGAGUGAUCAACCGAGCCCCGGGUUUGAAACUGGUCGUGCAGACGUUGCUGUCGUCGCUGCGGCCCAUAGGCAACAUCGUACUGAUAUGUUGCACGUUUUUCAUUAUUUUUGGUAUUUUAGGUGUUCAACUUUUCAAAGGUACGUUUUUCCACUGCGAGGGUCCCAAUAUCAAACACGUGCGCGACAAAAAGGAAUGCCUGGCCGACAAGAAGAACGCAUGGGUCAACCAGAAGUACAAUUUCGAUGAUCUGGGUAAAGCAUUGAUGUCUUUGUUCGUGCUAUCGUCAAGGGACGGGUGGGUGAAUAUCAUGUACACGGGGCUCGACGCCGUGGGAGUUGAUCAACAGCCCAUAGAGAACUACUCUGAAUGGCGGCUGUUGUACUUCAUAUCGUUCAUACUGCUAGUCGGUUUUUUCGUACUCAACAUGUUCGUCGGCGUAGUGGUGGAAAACUUUCAUCGGUGCCGGGAAGAACAAGAAAAAGAAGAGCGCGUCCGACGGCUGGCUAAAAGGGCCAAGCAGAUGGAAAAAAAACGAAGAAAAAUGCACGAGCCGCCGUACUACAGGGACUACAGCAGUGCCAGGUUAUUGGUGCACAGUGUGGUCACGUCCAAGUAUUUCGACUUGGCGAUCGCCGCCGUCAUUGGUCUCAAUGUGGUCACGAUGGCACUGGAAUUCUACAUGAUGCCCAAAGCGUUGACGUACGCGUUGAAAAUUUUCAAUUAUUUUUUCACCGCCGUGUUCAUAUUGGAGUGCGUGAUGAAAAUGUUGGCUCUAGGUAUUCAACUCUACGUAAAGGAUAAAUGGAACUUGCUGGACAUCGGCAUCGUUAUACUGUCCAUAGUGGGUAUCACGUUGGAAGAAGUCGAAUCGAAAAUCAUACCGAUAAAUCCGACCAUCAUCCGGGUGAUGAGGGUCAUGCGGAUAGCUAGGGUUUUAAAGUUACUCAAAAUGGCCAAGGGAAUAAGAGCUCUUCUGGACACCGUGAUGCAAGCGUUGCCUCAAGUAGGAAACUUAGGGCUUCUAUUUUUCCUAUUGUUCUUCAUAUUCGCAGCGCUGGGAGUAGAACUAUUCGGAAGACUUGAGUGCAGUGACGAACACACUUGUCAAGGGCUGGGCGAACACGCUCACUUCGGCAACUUCGGUAUGGCAUUCCUUACGCUCUUCCGGGUGGCUACUGGUGACAAUUGGAACGGCAUCAUGAAGGACGCCCUUCGCGAGGACUGCGAUGACGCGGCAGAUUGCGUGAAAAACUGUUGCGUUGCCUCCGGCAUUGCUCCGAUGUUUUUCGUCAUAUUCGUGUUGAUGGCCCAAUUCGUGUUGGUCAACGUGGUAGUCGCGGUGCUCAUGAAACACCUCGAAGAAUCCCACAAACAGAUGGAAGACGAGAUGGACAUGGAAGAUCAGCUGGAGAGGGAAAUGGCCGCGGAGGAAGAAGAACAAUUGGUUCAGAUGGCGCUCGACCACGAGUACGCGAAUCAAAAUCCACUGUGCAAAGAGUUUUCGUUGCCCGCCGACUUUACGUUCAAAAGUCUACCACCUUCGCCUCUAUAUCAAAGUCAAGGGCGACGGUUUUCCUUCAACUCGUGGAGCGGUCGGCCCACGGAAACGACGGUUGUGCCGUCGCAGAGGAGACGUCAGACCGUCCAGGAGUCGAACAUUCUCGUCCCUCCGACGCUGAUGCCCACUUUCAUGAUACCGCAUUUCGAGCCUAGAACCCGCAAGUUAUCGGUCACCCGGCGGGACAGCGUGCGGAGCUCUGGUUCGCAGAGACCUGUGACGGACAUCGUCUCGGACGCGGGUCAACAGCAGCAGCAGUCGUCGUCUUCGCACCAGCACCAGCAGCAGCCGAUCAGAUGCGAUCCGGACGCGGCGGUCGGUUCGUCGUCGGCCGGCACGAGCGGUCAACCGGUCAGAAACGGAUGCGGCUCGCUGCUGACCGUGUCCGCGGCCAACCCGAACGCGCUGGCCCCGCCGCCGCCGUCACCAUCGACGAACACCGCCUCGUUGUCCCGGUCGUACGUGACGCUGGCCAUACCGGAAGAGGAGUGCGCGGCCGACGUGCCGCUGCUCAGGUCGCGGUUCCCGGUCGGACGGCCCGAGGACGCGAUCCAGUCCGGAUGCGGCGCUAGCAACACGCUGGACGUGCGGAUCGACAAGAGGAAGACGAUAGCCGACGAGAGCCUGUUCGCGACGCGAUAACCGUAGUCGCCCAUCGCCCGUCGAUCGUUACCGUAACGAUUAUUAUUAUUAUUAUUAUGAGUAUUGUUGUUUUUGUUGUUGUUGUUAAUAUUGUUGUUGUUUUUUUUUUUUUUUUUAUGCUGUUGUUGUUGCGAUAUUCGCACCGCGUCCCUUUCGCGCGACACCCGUCGUCCACGUCAGCGUCGAUAAUAUCCCUUUGCAUCCAGCCCAUCGAAAUUUCAGAUGUUCGCGGAUGAAUCACGGGUUCUCCCUUCGUUCCGUCGUACGUUCGCCUCGAAUUCCGUACCGCUUGUGAAACCCUAAUAAUUUUAUAACGUUCGUCGGGCUCGUGAUGGCUUUCGAAAACAUCGACCAUAGCAGAUAACUCCUUUCCGUAACGAGGUCAACGGAUCGUGGGUAUCUAGGGGUUACUACUAAAUGGUUAAGCUGCACAAGUCAACCAGUCUACUUAACUGAAUAAAGCGGUGCCUGAUAAGAAUUUCUAUGUUUGAGGUGAGAGCACCCUAAGAGUACGACCACUGUCGUAUUGAAACAGAUACCUGUUCCGUCGUGGGCACCUGUUCAAGCUUUGAUACGAUCCGUUUCUUUUUCCUGGUGAUAUUUCGUACCCUUGGUUUGUGAGGGUUUUUCUCACUCUACGACACUAUAUCUAGCAAUCAAAAUCUUUCAGCGGUGACGUAAUCGUAACAAAUUAUGCGUAGUCCAUUCGGUUGUUAGCACAAGGUCGAGUUACGCGACUAUUUUUCCGAAACCAAUCCUCCUUUUCCCAACUCGACCUUCUUCCUCCGGCUAUCCUAUACGAAUUCGAAAAACUACUGAAACUCGCCAACAAACUCGGUCGAAUCUCUUACUUGAUUUAUGAAUACCAACGUUUGUGAUAUACUGUUUUACUUCAUCUAUAGUCACGCAUACAUUCAGAUCUCCGGUCGAGCGUCAAAUACAGAUUUUUCGUCCCCUCCCAUACCCGCGAACCUGAAAAUUAUUACAAUUAAAUCCAUUCAACUAUAACGCUUUUAAAAGUAUACAUCAAAAGCGUGUGAUAAUGUAUAGUGAAUGUAUUGAACGAUUAAUGAUAUUGUUUGCGAAUUCGGCCUUGGAGUAGGUCGAAGUAGGUAAUCUCACAUGUUUCGACGCAGGUACAGUCAUCGUACCGAUAUAUUAGUGUACACUAAUGUAUUACGAAAUCUUAUAGUUUCGAUUUACAUACGCCUUGUAAAUUAAUUGUAUGUUCAAUAUCUGAUGAACAUACAUAAAUGAACAAUAUCUGAUCCGAGCCUAUGAACGUACGACGUACGUAUUUGGCAUUCGUUUACGGUUGCGCAAGUGAGCCCGUAUUCGCGGCGCCCGUGAUUUAUUUUAUUACCCGCGGUAGUAAAUGAAUUUCUACCAAUGAUCGACCGCAAUCAGCGUAUUUACUGUAAAUUUCGUUGUAGGUCGUAAUAUGUUGAUUUUACGUGUGGUCAAAAAAUAUGAAAUCACCUCGCCGCGACCCGAGGUAUAUUUCGCCGUGUGCGUGUGUUUGUACAUUAAACUAGUCUUAAAUGUUUAAAUGCGUGGGAGCAACGUAUAAAUAUCUUAACAUAUCGAUAAACGUUUUCAUCAAUUUACGUGACGCCCGAACUCGCAACACGGUUUUUUAUUGUAAUUCGACAUUUGUAAAUAAUUCUCUUCUGAACACAAUUCACUCGUUUGAUUUAUUUAUUUUUUUUACGACAAGACAAUAAUAUAAUAGGUUGGUUUUUUGAAACCACAUGUGAAUGUAAUGCGAUCAUCAAUAUAUAGAAUCCAUAGAUGUCCCGAAAUCUACAGUUCGAACACCAUUUUAAACUAUUUUUGAAUACCGGUAAAAUAAUAUAACAAUAAUAUUUAACGCCACUUCCUCGACUUGCACCAACGGACACGUUUGUGGUUAGAAAUCAAAAAAUCUGCACUAUAUUAUUAAUCAGUCGGUACGAAACUAUCAAUUCACUGUUAAUAUUUUCUAUCUAUAUGUUCUAUACGUGUAUCUAAUUAUUAAGUUGAAAAUAUAAUAAAUAUACACUUGUUUGAGAAUAGGUACAAAAAGAUAACAUUUAUAACAUUUAUUGUGUCAUAAUAUGUACAAAGUGAGAAAGUUCGAAAAACUAUGAAAUUCUUAACAACUACCUGUUUAGUCUGUUUAUGUUUACUUUGUAACAUAUUAUCUUAAUAUUAAGCUUUUUUCUAAACAAUUUUCGAAAAUCGUUAAAUAUUGAUAUUAGUGUUAAUCGCUUAACUGAUGUUAAAUAAAAAUAAAGUUGUUGUAUGUCUUAAAAUAGUAGUACUUAAGUCGAAAAAUCUAAAAACCAUUAACUACAAUAUUAACAUGUAGAUUACAAUAUGUGAUUCAUAUCAUUUCAACAACAACAAUUUUUAAAGAAGAAUUUUAGUUCCUAUACCGUGGAUUUAGAACCAAAUAUAUUUCUUUUUUAGUUUAAAAUAAUUAUUUUAAGACUUUCAUUAAAUAAAACUCAAU